AAGGCGCUCGUUUUAAACAUGUAAGCUUUUCAUCCAUGCCCACAAACUAAAGUCCAUUUCAAUUUAAGGGAAAAGGAAUCCAUAAUGAAUAAUAUAGAAAGACUGGAUGUUCAUCCUCGGAUAAUAUCAGCGCUAAAAAAGAGUAAGAACCAGAGCGAUUUGGAAAUUUUGUUUUCUAUCUUGCUUAGUAUAAUACGUAACCUUAUCUUAAAAUCAAGAGGCCUUAAAACUGAAUUGUAUGAACAGCUCUUUAUUAGGAUUUUUUUUAAAAGUGAAUUUUAGUAGUUUUCCUAGAUCAAGAAAAACCAUCCUAUUUUACCAGGGCUGUAUGAAGAGAAGGUAGCGCUAUUUUUACGAUGCAAAGCUCGAGAAGUCUCUACUUUAAUUAGAAGUGACCAUGAAAAAAAUAAUUCUUUGUUGCGAUUACGCAGAAGUUGUAUACUGAUUUUGUUCUUUCAUUCACUCAUUUGUUGGUUCUUUUUAAUAGGUCAGUCAGUUAGUCAGACAGUUUGUGAGUUAGUAAAUCAGACAGUCAGUCAGACAGACUAUUAGACAAUCAGUCAGCUAAUCAGCCUGUCAGUCUGCUAAUCAGCCUGUCAGACAGCUAGUCACUCGAUCAGUUAGUCACUUUGUCAGCCCAUUGAUCAGACAAUCAAUCAGUUCAUCAGUCAGCCUGACAAGUAUUGCUUUUUUUUUAAAUUUUUUUUUAUUUUGACAUUUUCACUUACAGUAGUCUGUUUACAACUCUAAUUUCAGCAAAGUUAGCAAACAAGACCACAAUUCUCUGUAUGUCAGCUGCAGAUCUGGAAAGAGUCACAAAACUUUCUUCCUUUGAUGUCUCUGUUCUUCUUAAAGCUGUUUCACUUUCACUUCCUUGUCCACCCAUGAGAACUGCUUUGUCACUUUAUAAAAAUUCACAAGGACACAGAUUGUCUCUAGGGUGCCAAAUAUUAGAUGGUUUCUUGCAUGGGGGCAUCCUGAGUGAAGGCAUCACAGAGAUUACAGGAGUUAGCUCCUCUGGUAAAACACAAGUUUGCCUUCAACUUUGCAUGUCAGUUCAGUUACCUCACAAAGAAGGUGGUCUUGGAGGAGGUUAGUUUUUUUUUUCUCCAUCCUUUAAUAAUUCUGUUGGCUGUAUAGUACUUGGUUUGAUCAAUGUAAUAUGUCUAAAAUAUUUUUUAUUAUUUAGCUUCCAAAAAUGAUCACAUUUGUUUUAUCAGCAACUGUGACUAAGAUUUUUCAACCCUUCAUCUUCAUUCUUGAUGACCUUCUUUCUCAUAAUUCUUUCUACUCCAUCACUUAAGUUCUCUAUCAGUCAAUUUUAAGAGAAGCUUAGGAUGAAUUGUUCCUUGCUAUUACUAUAUUUCCCCAAAAAAGUGCCUUGCCCCUAGAUAAUGUCAAACUAGUACCUCCCCCUGCUAGAAUAAGUGCCCCCUCCCUCCUCCCUCACUUUCUAAAUACAAGGAAAACCUCUUUCCACUAUCACUUUGUAACUUUUUAAGCUUAAGCUUAAGCAGAAUCAGCACAGGAGAAGUAAGAAGCACCCCGUUCAAUGAAGCAUCCUUCCAAUGAGUGCCUUAAAAUGAAAUUUUAAACAAGCACCUACAUGCUUAUUCAAGGAAAUUCGGUAUUAUAAUUUUUCAUCGUUACAAUUCAAGUUUACCCAUUACAGUGUCUCUGUUCACAAUAGGUGCAGUUUACAUUUCAACUGAGGAUGUUUUCCCCAGCAAGAGACUGCAUCAGCUUACACAAUGCUUCACCAAGAGUCAAGUACUUCAUCCAUCAAGUUGUAAACUGAAUCUCAGCGAUAACAUUUUCAUUGAACAUGCAGCUGAUGUGGUAAGUUCCGGUGAUAAGAAUUUGAUCUUUGAUCUUUUUCACCUUUUGAUAUGUGCAAGACUUCAGAUCAAUGUCAGUGUCUGAGCAGCUGCUCACCUACCCCUCCCCUAACCCAACAUUAACCUGACCUUGUUAUCAGUUGACUUUUGUAGGGCUAGGGGAGGGGUAGAUGUGCAAUUGCUCCAAAGCUGACGUUGACAGGAGACUUCUUGGCAUAUGGCAUUAAUUCUUGGGAGAACAGUAUAGGUGAAUAGAGGAACAUAAAGCUUAGACACAUUAGAUAAAAAAUUAAAGCUGUGACGUACAUAUUUUGAACCACAAUUUGACAGGAUGACUUGCAAAACAUCAUUACACAUCGCCUGCCAUUGCUGCUGAACAAAGGAGCUAUCAAGCUUGUGAUUAUUGACUCCAUUACAGCACUUUUUCGUGUGGAGUAUUCACUUGGAGAAACUUCCAAGAGGGCAAAGGUUUUAAGAUCUUUUGGUGCACAGCUUCAAAAACUCAGUCAUCUUCACUCUAUUCCAGUGGUGUGUGUAAAUCAGGUUUGUAUUUCAGCCAUACUUUUUCUUACAUUUUUUGCCUCUUACUGACAAGUUAGUCAACAUUUUUAAAAAACCCUCAGAUUUGAAGGAAAAUUCUUCUAACUAGUGACAACAUAUUUCUUGCUGUCUAGUUUUGAGAAUUUGGUGUUGCAUCCUAGAGGAAAUGACAUUACAUGGAAAUGAAAUAUUUAUUCAGUGAUUCAUAUUUCAUGUAAUUAAUCAUUUUCAUUCCUUCUAUUUAGGUCUCUGAUGUAAUUCAAACUGAGGGGAACAGGUAUGAUCUUUAUUUCAUCAUGUCUUUGCAUUUUUCUGUAUCCAUUGAUUAAAUGGAAAUAUACCAAUUGACCCGAGUUCAGCCAACUAAUGGUUUUUGUAAGAAUAGUGCUCACAAAUUUGUAUUGAAUAAAUUUGUUCUAAACAACUUCACCAAAUUUCAAAAAUAGAAAUAACUUCAAAAGACCUUUGUUCUUAAAAGUGAUGUUUUUAUGCCACUGUAAUUUCUUUAGACAGAUGGAGAUAAUACUAAAUUAUUGCUGCAAAGGGGAGAAUUCUACCAUCUUAAAAUUCCCUCAUUAUGAUCUGAUUUUCCUUUCAUCAGCUCAAGAAUUAGAAAUAAAACUGUUAUUCCAGCCCUUGGACUAGCUUGGUCAAGUAUGGUAACUACAAGACUGAUGCUGUCACGCACAGAGCAACUGAUACAACACAAUGAUGGUGUAAGCCCUUGGUUUUAUCAAAAUCAUUUCUACCACCUCAAAAUGAGAAAUUUUCUCUCUGUCUACUUUGCAGCAGUUGUUUUGUAAAGGGGGAAAGAGCAUGUGUUGUGACAAGACCAAACAACAACUGCAAAGGAGACAAAGUCUUUGAAAUGGUAAAAUACCAGCUUAAGGCAAAUUUUUUUCUUACAUAUGUAUUUUAACCCACAGGAAAGGAACCCUGUGAUCAAGAGAUAUCUGCAGAUUGUCUUUGCACCUCACCUUCCAAGCACAUCUUGUUUCUACUACAUAGAUGCUGAGGGAGUCCAUGGAUAUAAAGAACAGAUUUGUAAUGAAAAAAAGAAAAUAGAUCAAUUCAAAGACAGUAAAGUUCAGGGGCCAAGUCAGAGUCCUUAGAGCAAGUUCCAUUUCAUGAGGUUUUCAUUGGCUUUAAGGGAAGGACCUAAAAUUUGGGCAUCCUGUACAGUCAAAUUUACAUUGUACAAGCUAGCCUCCAAACAGGCCCUAAUUAGAAUCACUGCAAGAUGCAAAGAUUUGAGACAAGUUGGGGAGAGGUUUGUUAGGGGCCUGGCACUAAUAAUGACUGCUUGACUAACUCAUGUUGAUCAAUGCUUCAUACUUUCCAGCAGGUGAAGAAACUCUCAUGCCAAAGUGCUUAAAAUGAAUACCAACAUUAGUUUGCAAAAAACCCUUCUUAGCUGAUUUACAUUGCACAAAAAUGGUCAGUCUGACCUGAAAAGCAAUGUUUUUUUCGUUAACCCUCUCUCUUCCAAGCAGGGUUGUCACUAGGAGCAGGUACAAGGCAGAAACCCAUCAGCUGUCAGACCAUUUUGAAUGACUUUUCCACUUGUUGUCAAAGACAGAAAAUAGGUAUUUUCGAACUGAUUCUUACAUCAAUGUCUGGAUAAAUAAUGCAUCUCAGAGAGACAAAUUUGAAUACCAGUCUUAAUAUAACAAAUAAGCUAAAUA